AUGCUCGAGCCGGAGCGACUAGAGCUGAUCAAGGAAGUGGCUGGCACAAAAGUGUACGAGGACCGGCGCGUUAAGUCUCUCAAGAUUUUACAGGAGAAGCAGGAGCAGCGAGAAAACAUCCAAGCGAUCAUAUCUUAUAUUGAUGAAAGACUGUUGGAGUUGGACAGGGAAAAGGAGGAGCUUAUAAUGUACUGGCACUCGAAAAAUGUGCAGCGUGCUCUUGAUUAUACGAUGCACGAAAAGGAACUGCAGGAAGUACGAGCUGAGAUCGAGGUGAUUGACUAG